GAAGUGAUGCACGGGGCAGCCCACGUGUGCGCUUUCAUCCCACAUGGCGGUGCUCCUGAAGAGGUUGCUGCAGUCGGCUAGGCACCCUGCGGCCUCGGGCCGGCCCAUGGGACGGCGCGAUGCCAGCCUGGGCACUGAUCCCGGGGCUGUGGUGCGAGUGCGGUUCGCCCCCAGUCCCACAGGCUUUUUGCACCUGGGCGGCCUCCGCACUGCCUUGUACAACUAUAUCUUUGCCAAGAAGCACCAGGGGAGUUUCAUCCUUAGGCUGGAGGACACGGAUCAGACCCGCCUUGUGCCUGGGGCAGCAGAGAAUAUUGAGGACAUGCUGGAGUGGGCAGGCAUCCCGCCUGAUGAGAGUCCCCGCCGGGGAGGUCCUGCUGGGCCCUACCAGCAGUCCCAGCGUCUCGAGCUCUAUGCCCAAGCCACAGAAGCACUGCUGGAGUCCGGUGCUGCUUACCCCUGCUUCUGUUCACCGCAGCGGCUGGAGCUCCUGAAGAAGGAGGCCCUAAGGAACCACCAGACGCCCCGGUAUGACAACAGGUGCCGGAACCUGAGCCAGGGGCAGGUGGCCCAGAAGCUAGCCCAAGGCCCCAGACCUGCGAUCCGCUUCCGCCUGGAGGGGGAAGCGCCAGCCUUUCAGGACCUGGUGUACGGCUGGAAUCGGCAUGAGGUGGCACAUGUGGAGGGGGACCCAGUCAUCCUGAAAAGCGAUGGCUUCCCCACGUAUCACCUGGCCUGCGUGGUGGACGACCACCACAUGGGCAUCAGCCACGUGCUGCGUGGGUCCGAGUGGCUGGUCUCCACCUCCAAGCAUCUGCUUCUCUACCAGGCCCUGGGCUGGCAGCCUCCUCGCUUUGCCCACCUGCCCCUGCUGCUCAACAGGGAUGGCAGCAAGCUGUCCAAGAGGCAGGGGGACAUUUUCCUGGAGCAUUUUGCGGCUGCCGACUUCCUGCCAGAUGCCUUGCUUGAUAUCAUCACCAACUGUGGCUCGGGGUUUGCAGAGAACCAGAUGGGCAGGACCUUGCCGGAGUUGAUAACACAGUUUGACCUGACCCGAGUCACCUGCCACUCAGCCCUGUUGGACCUGGAGAAGCUUCCAGAAUUCAACAGGCUGCAUCUCUGUCGGCUGGUGAGCAGCGAGACCCAGAGGCACCAGCUGGUGGGGAAGCUGCAGGCCCUGGUGGAGGAGACGUUUGGGAACCAGAUUCAAGACAGGGAGGUCCUGGCCCCAGCCUACGUGGAAAGGAUCAUCCUGCUGAGACAGGGUCACAUUUGCCGCCUGCAGGAUCUGGUCUCGCCAGCACACUCCUACCUGUGGACUCGCCCUGCAGUGGGCCGAGCACAGCUGGGCCCCCUCUCAGAGAAGGUGGAUGUGAUUGCCAAGCGUGUGCUGGGGAACAGUCAUCACGUGGCCCAGUUAAUAAUGCGGCUUUUAGAAGGACCCGAUACAAGCUUUACUCAGGACACGCUGAAUAGCAAACUGAAGAAGGUAUCUGAAGGCCUGGAAGGGACCAAACACAGUACUGUGAUGCGGGUCCUCCGAGUGGCCCUCAGUGGACAGCUGCAAGGACCCCCUGUAGCUGAGAUGAUGGUGUCCUUGGGAGUGAGGGAAGUGCGGGAGCGAAUACAGAAGGUGCUUUCCAGCUAGAGAGAUGUGCAGGAGAGUGGAGACGGCCCUAGGAACCUGGGCAGGCCUGGAAGCCGCCUUCAGAGGGAAGCUCGUGAAAGGAACCCCGAGUGGAAACAGUCUCCAAGUGCACACGCUGCUUUUAUGGCUUCUUCUCAUCUCCUGUCUGGUUUGGACAGCACGUUAUAUGGCACCGGUUAGGGGCUGGUUCACACUUGUCUCAGGCUGCCAGACAAGUGGCUUAAACAACAGAAAAUGGUUUUCUCACAGUUCUGGAGUCUGGAAGUCCAAGGUCAAGGUGUCAGCAGGUGGGGCUUCCCAGAAGUCUCUCUCCUUGGCUUGCCCACGGCCACCUCUCUGUGUCCUCAAGGGGACUCUCUGGGUGUUCAUAUCUCCUCUUAAAGGACAUGGGUCAGGUUGGAGUGAGGCCCAUCCUGAUGGCCUAGCUGUAACUUAACCACAACUUUAGGGGUCCUGUCUCCACAUCCAGUCAUGUCCUGAGGUCCUCAGCAUGUUAGGACGUCAGCAUGUGAGUGUUGAGGGGAUGCAGGUCAGCCCUUAACAGUGUGGCAGCUUCCUGGACAUUGGGUCUCGGUUCUCGGGGCCUAUUGGGAUGUGGAGCGGGGAAGGGCGGCUGGUACAUGCAGGGCUGAACUGGACGGCAGACCCUCUGGGGCAUGUAAGAGGAGAAGUGACCGUCUGCCGAGGGUGAGCACUGCAUUUUAUACUGCUCUUUGUCCUUGCACGUGGGGCAUCCUGUCUCUCCUUCUCUAAAAGUCAUCUCUUUCUCGUCUCAGUUCUCUAGGACUUGUCCUUGGACUGGAGACCUUCACCCUGCCUCUUUCACAGGUUUUUCUUCAUGUCCACCUCUUCCUUCUGCCCAUUUUUGUAAGUCUUCGUCUACAGGUUUCUGAAAUAAGAUGUUCUUUUUAUUUAUUUAAGUAAUUUCUAUGCCCCAAAUGAGGUUCAAAUAUACGACCCCAAGAUCAAGAGUCAUAUGCUCUUCCAGCUGAGCCAGCCAGGCACCCCUGAAGUAGAUGUUCAUACUGCAGUAAAUAGAAAUGGAAGGAAGAUGAUGGCUGUGUAUAAAGACCAUACUGGAAAAAGAAUAAAUAAAAUAGCAAUUUUUAAAAAGAUUUUAUUUAUUUAUUUGACAGACAGAGGUCACAAGUAGGCAGAGAGAGAGGAGGAAGCAGGCUCCCUGCUGAGCAGAGAACCUGAUGUGGGGCUCCAUCCCAGGACCCUGGGAUCAUGACCUGAGCUGAAGGCAGAGGCUUUAACCCACUGAGCCACCCAGGUGCCCCAAAUAACAAUUUUUUUUUAAGAAGACCCUACUGGGGCUUCUGUAGAGUUUCCCCAUGUGGCAGCCAGCCUCCAAGUGAGAAACAUGGUAGUCCAUCCCCAUUUAGUUUCCACAACUCUGUGAGAGAGGUAUUCUUAUUUGUGUUAUUUGUGUUAUUUGUGUUAUUACCCGAGGUAAUAAUGUGAGGCAAAACAAGGAUUUAAACUCAGAUUUAUGACAAUCCGGGGUCAAGUUCAACUCCUAACUGCAGAGUGGCAUCAGAGCCUCUGCUUCUACAACACAAAGCACAGUUACAAGAAACUGGCUCAUGAGUUGGUAACGCUGCUGCCACUUCCUCAGUUGGAGGGAGCUGUAUACAAGUGGCAUGUGUCUUCAGACGGGGCGGGGGGGCCGUUUGCUCAGUAUCGUGGGUAUGUGUGAAGGGACUCCACACAUUAGAAAUAACCUCAAGUCCGUCACCCUGUGCUUCUGAGAGCACAGUGAAGUGGUAAAGGCCAUGGAGGCCAAUUACUAGAUCCAAAAGCCAGUUCUACCACCUACUCAUCAUGUGACUUCUGUACCUCAGUUUCCUCAUCUGUAAAAUGGGGCUGGUAAGUUUUCCUUUCUCAAAGAGUUGUAAGGACCAAAAUAGAUGUUAUAUGGAAAGUUCUUAAAACUGCCUGGCACUUGGGGAGCCUGAGCUCAGUCGUUAAGCAUCUUCCUUCAGCUCAGGUCCUAAUCCCAGGGUGCUUUGGGCUCUCUGCUCAGCAGGGAGCCUGCUUCUCUUUCUGCCUGCCUGCCUCUCUGCCUACUUGUGAUCUUUCCCUCUGUCAAAUAGAUAAAUAAAAUCUUAAUAAAAAAAAAAAAAACAAAACUGCCUGGCACUUAACCAAUGUUAUCUAUUACCAUCAUCAUCACCACCAGUAUUUUCAUUCCUAGAAAGGGCGAUCUUGUUUGCAAAGCAUAGAAACACUCAGACUAACUUAAAAAAAAAAAAAAAAUUAUUUAUUUGAGAGAGAGAAGGAGCAGGAGGAGGGGCAGAGGGAGAGGGAGAAGCAGCACCCCACUGAGCUAGAAGCCCAACACAGGGCUUGAUCCCAGGACCCAGAGAUCUGACCUGAGCUGAAGGCAGAUGCCACGCAGACUCCCCUCCCCCCAAACUAACUUGAACUGCAAAAGGAAGAGAGAGUUAGGACUCUCAGAGAUCCAGACGGGAGGACUUCCAGCUAGACCUUUCAAGAGACUGAAAUCUGUACCUGCCAACCUGCUGGGACCCAAGAACCUCACUUUUGUCCCUCUGAGACCACAGUCUCUUUCAGCUGGGUUCCCUCCACUCAUCUUCCCUCUGCAGGCCAGCUUUCUCUUUCUCUCUGUACUUGGCCAGCAACUGCCCCAGCUCUAAAGGCGAAUUCUCUCUUAUCCUACAUUCCCAGUUAGAUAACUAGCAUUCCAUGUCCAGAUUCCCAGGAGGAAUCUCAUGGGCCUCUUGAGGGUCAGCUGUCUACCCACGGUUCAGUCAACUGUGGCCAGUGGGACAGUCCCGCAAUAGCACCGUGGCUGCAGGGGGGCCCACCGUACUGAGUAGGGAGACUGGUUCCUUCCCUCAGCACAUUCUCUGUGUCACUCAGGAUCUUUUCUAGAAAAUGAUCGUUCUGUAACCACAUUUGGAAUUUCAUUCCCAUUGCCUUUAUCCUACUUUGUUUCUAUAUAAUACUUAUUACUAUACAAAAUUACAUAGUAUACUUGAAUGUGUUUACUGCCUCCCUUGCUCUAAAGAACAUAAGAUUAAGACGGGCAGGCAGUCUGUCUCGUUCUUGGUUAUAACCAUAGUGCCUGGCCUAUUGCCUGACACACAGUAGGGAAUCAAGUGAAGAUCUUACAGAAAAAAUAAGGGCCCCAUCAGUCAGACCAGUGUGUUUAGAAGUAGCAGUCAUCAUCUAGUCUAACUGCCAAAUUCUAAUAGUUUCCCAACAUCACUGCAAGAUUUGCAAUUGUGGUUAGCAGACUGGUCUGCGGCCUGUAAUUUGCUUUGAAUCCAGCUAUCUGUGAGGCAUAGCUUUUUUUCUUUUUAAGAUUUUAUUUCUAAGUAAUCUCUAUACCCUACAUGGUGCCUAGACCCACAGCCACAAGAUUAAGAGUCACAUGCUCUCCUGACUGAGCCAGCCAGGCGUCCCUCUAUGAGACAGACUUUGGACAAAGACUCUGAAGUGAAGGGUGGGGACAAAUGGAAGUCGUCUAUUCAUCAGUUAAUAUAUUCGUCAUAUGACAAAAUCCCUACCUUCCCAGGGACCGAGAGUGUUGAAUACUUAGAAAGUGAGUACCCUCUGGGUGAUAGCAGGGUCCAGAGAGGGAGGCUUUUAUUUAUUUAUUUAUUUAUUUAAUUUAUUUAUUUUUAAAGAUUUUAUUUAUUUAUUUGACAGCAGAGAUCACAAGUAGGCAGACAGGCAGAGAGAGAGAGGGGAAAGCAG